AUGGAUCCUACCCACGAGUGGUUCCAGACCCAAAUGCCUGGGUUCAAUGUGCCCUUGGAUGCUGCACCGGCUCUCCUUGUCAAGAGAGAAAUCAUUAUGAUGCAAGUAAUGAAUACUAUCACCGACAAGCCUAACUGGGAACGAAAGGUCUUUGACGAGACCAUCACCAACAAAUGGCGCGAAGAAAUCGCCCAGAGCGGGCAAGAUGUCACGCCCAAAAUGAUGAACUGGAUUAUCAAAGAAUUGCAGUGGAAGAAAUCUUGUCUCGAGAAACAGGGAUACCUCGAAGUCUUUGAAAAUGUGAUCAAGUCGGAUACCGCCGUUUCUAAAGAGCUUCAGGAUGCGCUGAAAGAGGCAGUAAAGCCUCUAGAAGAUGUUCCCGAGGAUCAGAAAGACUACCACCCCGGCUCCGAUGACAAGGUACUGGACCUUGUGCACCCAUCCCUCUUCCCGGUUCUCUACGGCAAGACGCGAGUUCUCCCUGAUACGAUUCUCGGUCUUGAAGACUGCCUUGAUUAUAUCGGGCAAGGCGAAGUGCUUCCUGCUCCUCCGGAUGGCGAGUCAAAUGACCAUUCUAGUGGCCGGAUACCCAGAAGAAUGCUCGACCUACCGGUGCUGAGCACGAAAUUCCAGUGGAUGCCGUGUGAUAUAGACCUGUCCAAGGAUGGAGGGUGCCGCAUCUUGUCCUACAUCAACAACGCCCACCCGGUCAAGCAUCGCGCGCUCUACGAAGUCAUUGAAAAGAUAAUCUCACGGACUGUGCCCCUGUGGGAGGCAGCUCUUACUGAAAAGGAUCACCCCCCGAGAAUCUCGUACAACUGUUUUGAAUGGGAAGAAGGCUAUGGAGAUGGAGAAUUCCCGGGAUGGGACGAAGAGGAGGAAAUGUAUGACGGAAAGGGUGACUAUCAGGAACAUCUGAAACGCAACGAAGACCAUUACAAGCGCCAGAAAGAAUAUGAGGCUACUCGCAAGGUCAAAAUUCCCGAGCCAGGGGAGUUCAAAAUCCCCAGGCCAGACAGUGACCGGGUGCAGCCCAUCAAUUUCCGAACAGACUUCUGCCAUCGCAAACUGCAGAUCAUUGUCAAGUUGGCGAAUAUUGAGCUGACACCCGAGAAACCUGAGUACGAGGGUGGAAGCUGGCAUAUUGAGGGCCAACUCAACGAGCGCAUCGCCGCAUCAGCAAUCUACUACUACGAUAGCGAGAAUAUCACCACUAGCUCCCUCGCCUUCCGCCAUCGCGGAAUGGAUAAUGAAAUGUUCGACAUCGAUUACGACCAAGACCAACACCAAUUCAUGCAACAGGUAUAUGGCUAUUCAAUCGACUUGCAAAAUAACAGCGACUGCCUGACGACACAAGACCUCGGCAGCGUGGUCUCCAAAGAGGGUAGACUCAUCACAUUCCCCAAUACGCUUCAGCAUUGCGUGAGUCCGUUUUCGCUAGAAGACCGGUCCAAACCUGGUCAUCGCAAGAUUCUCGCAUUGUUCUUGGUUGACCCGCACCGACGAAUUAUUUCUUCGGCUAAUGUGCCGCCGCAACGAAACGAUUGGAAAGAGAGUAAGGAAACUUCUACUGAGAAUGAGACAUCUGCCGACAGUCAGAUCUCUGAUCGGCCUGCGAAACGCCAGAAGGCCGAUAAGGCUGAAACAGAAACGGUGGACUGUUCGGCUAUGUCUUUGGAGGAAGCCAAGGCGUACCGACUUGAGCUUAUGGAAGAGCGUGGCCUCAGAUCUGCAAAGCAGAAUGAAGAGUAUCAAGAGGGCCAUUUCAGUCUCUGUGAGCAUUAG